AUGGCCGACUGGCCGCAUGCUGGCGCCAGCUACAGCGCCCCCUUCCAGUCUCCCUAUGUCAACCAGUCUUAUGCUGCUCCUCCCCCAGCGCCAAUGCCCAGCCAGUACGAAUACCCGCAGAGCCCCGACAUCCGCUAUGCCGAACCUGGUUCCCCCAUUGUGUACCCGGUAUCACCAGUAGGAUCCCCACCUCGCUCCCGCGAUAGCUCUCGGCCAAGGCCCAGCUCCUUUGGGGCGGAGCCGUACAUUCACGUUCCGGAUGACCGUGGGCGAGAGAGAAUGUAUCACACUAGCCACCUGUCGAUUGUUAGCCAUGGGGCUGGCAGCCAAGCCUUGUCCCGCUCAGCCUCAGAGCGCUCACGCCGUUACGUUGACGUGGCUAAAACCGGUAGCACCAGAGGCCGUCAACGUUCGCCCAGCGUUAGCUACUAUUACGAUGGCAGAGAUGGAGGAAAGAAGUAUACCCGCGAUGCUCCAGGGUCUACUUACAGCAACUCCUCGUACGGGUCCCGGUCUCAUUCAAGGGCCCGUCACUCAAGAUCCCCGUCUUGUGAUUCGUGCGGGUCCGGCUGCGAAGGAGAGCAUCAUACUACUAGCCAGGUUGUCGUCCAUUCGGCUGCAAACAGUCUGGCUGAGGAGGUCCGUAAGUUACAGUUGCAGCUAGAGGAAGUCAAGCUAGAAAAGGAAAGGAAGCACAGGGAGGAGGAGGAGAACAAGAGCAGGGAGAUAGUUGUCCAGGCCAGGGUCCGCGAAACCAUGGCCGAGCAAAAACAGAGAGAGCACCAAGAACGAUUGCGAGAAACCGAGAUCGAGCGAAAGGUUUCCGAGAAACUUGCGGCCAAGACUCGCGAGGAGCAGGAAGCGAGGGCCAGAGAGGCGGCCGAGAAUGCCAAAAUCGCGGCGGCGGCCGAGAAGCUUUUGAGAGAUCGAACGGCUGCAGAAGAAAAGAAGAAAGCAGAGGAGGCGGCUGCCGAGGAAAAGAUGAGGCUCAUCGUUGAGGAACGGAUCAAAAAAAUGCAGCCGCCCCCGCAGCCCGCGCCGCGUCUAACAUACACCAAGUUCUCCAAAGUCCAUCUUUGCAAGGAGGCUUUGGAUGAGCGUAACAUUGGCUACACGGAAGAGUCCGAGCACUUCCUUGUUCAUAGAGUUGUCGACAAAAACGAGCAGAAUUACCUCUGGGCCCGCACCAAGGAAAUUAGGAAUUACUACCGGCAAAUUCAAGAAGCCGCAGACCAAGCUCCCACUGUCCGCACAAAAGAAGGCGACUAUGUCAAAUACGUACAAAUUGCUGGCCAGCCGUACCCGAUCGCCCUCCCAGUGACUUUCACCCGGACUCCCGGUGGUGGCCAAACUCAACGGGUUGACCCUAUCAAGAUCAAGUGGUCCGACAUUUUCAAGCCUUCAAAGUUCUAG